ACCCUCCUCGACGCCCUCUUAAAAGACUUUAAGUGUCAUCUAGAAUCAAAACAUAGUAAAAAGUUUUACACCGAGUACGAAGACAGAGUAAUACCAUUCAAAGUACCUAUGGAUAAUAAUUAUAUUUGCCAAAUAUGUGGUUUGAAGUUUGAGACUUUAGGAUCAUUAGAAAGACAUAUGAACGGACAUUUUAGAAAUUAUGUUUGUGAUGAGUGCGGAACGGGAUUUAUUACUAGCUAUAGAUUAAAAAUGCAUAUGAAAACAAUGCAUGUCGAAGGUACUUUCCAAUGUGAAACUUGUAAAAAGGUGUUUUCGUCACAUCAGAAGCAUAAAAGUCAUGUAGACACAGUGCAUAAAAUGGUAAAGCGCUUUAAAUGUACUAAAUGUUCAGAGCGGUUCACGGAUUAUUUCAAACGACAUCAACAUUUAGUUGACAAACAUGGUCAAGCCGAAUUAGAAUAUAAAUGUAAUGUAUGUGAUAAGGUAUAUGCGAGAAGAUACAUGCUAUCUCGACAUAUGAAGCGAGACCAUUUGGAAGAGCGUUAUUUUCAAUGUGAGAUAUGUUCUAAUAAAUUCUUUGCUCGGCGUGAUUUGGAAUCGCAUAUGGUUAAGCAUACCGGGGCUAGGAUAUUUGAAUGUGCGGUGUGUAAAAAGGCAUAUGCGCGGAAGAAAACGUUGACUGAACAUAUGAGAAUACAUAAUAAUGAUAGGAGGUUUUCUUGUACUGUUUGUGGCCAGGCUUUUGUUCAGAAUUGCAGUUUGAAAGGGCAUAUGAAGACCCAUCAUCCUGAGUACGUAAGCUUUGGAGAAAAAUGAAGUUUGGAGAAAAUUGUUACUAUGUAUUGGAUAUAUUAAUUUAUGUAUCUGCUAAAACGGUAUCACUUUAUAUCAAUGUUAUAUUAAAUUUU